UAAUUUUGCUCCACUUUCCUAAUUUUAUUUUAUUAUUUUAUUUGUUUUGUUAGUUACAGUAGGAAGUAGGAGGAGUUGAUCUUUUGUAGUUUCUGCAUGGAAUUUUGAGUGAUCUCGAGGUCUGAGGAAAUGUUUUAGUUUUUCUGUUAGUUUAUGUUUGUAAUUCCUUUUUGAAGGAUAAGUAAUUUGAGUUCAAUGUUAAAGUUUCGGCUUCCCGAUUGAAUUUUUUGGUUAGUGGGCUGAAAAAGAAAAGAUUGAGAUUGAGGUUUCGUGUUUCAUUUUGGGAGUUUUUAGAUGGUUUGGUUAUCUAUGUUUCGAUCUUUGAGCUGCAAAAUGAGCUCUGGUAAAAGGAAAAAGCGAAAAAGAAAGAUAACUUACGCCGAUGGUUAUGAAGAGGGUCGUGUGUUGAUUUCAACGGGUGCUAUUUUUGCAUGAAGCGCGCUCAAGUACGUAUACUGAUUGGGAAACUCGAAGGCUUUUCGCUAGUGGCUCCACUUUGCAGAACUUGCAAUAAUGGGGUCUUACAUGAACUUCAAGAACUUUGGAGAUACAGUGCAGCAACCAGAUGGUAGUGCUGGGAAGCCAGCUGGUAAUUUUCCAUUGGUUCGACAGUCUUCCAUAUAUUCGCUGACAUUUGAUGAGCUUCAAAACACCUUGGGUGGAUCUGGAAAGGACUUUGGAUCUAUGAACAUGGAGGACCUUUUAAAGAGCAUUUGGACAGCUGAAGAGAGCCAAGCCAUGGUAUCUUCUACAGGUGGAGGAGAUGGGAGUGCCUCAGGCGGAAAUUUGCAGCGGCAGGGUUCUUUAACAUUGCCGUGGACACUUAGCCAAAAAACUGUUGAUGAAGUGUGGAGGGAUGUCCUAAAAGAAACUAUCGAAGCAAAAGAUGGAAGUUCUGGUGGGCAGACAAAUUUGGGGCCAAGGCAGCCGACUUUAGGUGAGAUGACACUAGAGGAGUUUUUGUUCAGAGCUGGGGUGGUUAGAGAAGAUAACCAACCUUCUGGAAGGCCAAAUGGCACUGGUUUCUAUGGUGGUUUGCCUCCAUCAAGUGGUAACAACUCUGGUUUAACCAUAGGAUUUCAACAACCAUCUCGGAACAAUGGUGUGUUGGGAAAUCCACUUGCAGAACAGAGCAAUAUUGUUCUUAAUACACCUAACUUAGUAAAUAACAUAAAUGGUGUAAGAACUUCCCAACAACAACCUCAGCAGCCUCAUUCACAGCUGCAGCCUCUGUUUCCAAAGCAAACAACAGUAGCGUUUUCGUCCCCGACACAACUUGGAAGCAAUGCGCAGCUGUCUAGCCCAGGAACCAAGGGUCAAGUGGUUGGAAUGAUGAACACUAUAGUUCAAGGUGGAGCAGUUGUCAUGAGUGGACUGAACAAUGGAGCAGCAGUUGCAGGAGGAUCUCCUGGGAAUCAUCUACAUUCAGAUGCUAUUGUUAAAACUAAUACAGACACACCAUCAGUAUCACCUUCACCUUUUAAUUUUGGUGAAAGUGGACGAGGUAGGAGAUCAUCUAGUUCUUUGGAGAAAGUGGUGGAGAGAAGGCGGAGGAGAAUGAUUAAAAACAGAGAGUCUGCUGCCAGGUCACGUGCUAGAAAGCAGGCCUAUACUCUGGAAUUGGAAGCAGAAGUUGCAAAGCUCAGAGAAAUGAACCAAGAGUUGCGGAAAAAGCAGGAAGAAUUUUUGGAGAUGCAGAAAAAUCAGAUCUUGGAGACAAUGAAUAAGCCCUGGGGAGGUAAAAGAAGAUGCUUGAGAAGGACGCUGACUGGACCUUGGUAGAACUAGAGGGCAAACUUGCCCUUUGUGUCGCAUAGGAGUGAACAGCAUAUGAUGAUCUGAUCUGGAUCUCAUUCCCUACAUGAUAGGCAGCUUUAUGUAUAGAAGCAAAGAGCGUCAUGCUUGUAUAUUAUUGUAUUGUGCUACUUGUGUUGCUACUUUACUGUAUGACCUCUAGUUGCUUCUUGUUUGAUCAGUCAACUAGUGAAAUCUGGACUGCCUAAUUCACCUGCUAUGUACCUGAUAUGCAAUUAAUAUGUCUGACUUAGCUAGAAGUUAGAUAAAUAUCUUUUAGACUUGUAUCACCAUAAUACAGUAAUGGUGUCGCAAAAGCAUAUCACUUACCUGCUGUCUUGCUGACGCGGUUAAAUUUCCUUUAGGUUAACACAUCA